AUGAGCAAAAUGGAUACUGACGACCUGCCUGUGGUUCUUCCAUCAUCCACCACCUCUACUCUCUCCUUGUCUCUACAUCCCUUACCCAUUCUAAAUAUCUCAGAACAUUUAACACGACUUAAGCUUCAAAAUAACACGAAUAAUCCAUUCGUUAUCGGAGCUUUACUGGGCACUCAAAAUGGUCGAGAAGUGGAGAUAGUCAACACGUUCGAACUCGCAAUGGACGACGAGUCGUCACUCAGAGUCGAUCAUGGCUUUCUAGUAUCGCGCAGGGAUCAAUAUAAACAAGUCUUCCCAUCGUUAGAGCUUAUAGGAUGGUACACAGUCGCACAAGAAGCAGCAGCCCAACAUAUCGCACUACACGAGCAGUUCGUCGAAUACACGAGCACCCCUAUCCUAUUGAUACUCCAACCCACGAGUGAAACAGGACCAGAAGGCGGCCAUUCGUUACCGAUAAAGGCUUAUGAGCCAACUGUUGAGAUUCGCGAUAGGGUGACGAGGAAUGUGUUUGUUGAAGCUAGCUUUAAUGUCCAGACGGGAGAAGCGGAACGAAUAGCUGUGGACUGGACUGCAAAGGGAGGGGAAGGAGGAACGAGUUUGGAGUCGCAUUUGCAGACACAACGUGCUGCUGUGAAGAUGUUACAUGAUCGCAUACAGCUCUUGAUACAAUACGUCGCUGGAGUUGUGGCAGGAACAAUAAAAGUGGAUCAUACAGCUCUUCGCUCGUUAUCUGCUCUCAUUGCCUCGCUGCCUGCGUCCGAACAUCCCAACUUCCGAGAAGAGUUUGAUAAGGAAUACGAAGAUGUACAACUUACAGCGUUCUUAUCUGCAUUAACAAGUUCCGCAAAUGCCUUGAACGACAUCGUUGACAAACAUAACGUCCUCAACUCCGGUCCAGGUCGUGACGACAGAAUGCCCGGUGGGAUGCUAAAACGGCGCGGGAUUGGAGGACGAGGGCCGAUGGGUCUUGGGAUGAUGGGAGACUGGGACCGCUUGCAUUAAAGGUAGUAAUAAGUAGAUUAAGCGUACGUAUGAAUAUACGACGUUGUACACG